GGUUAAAUAGCAUAGAAUUCUGUGUAAAAAUUAAUGCAGCCUCUGGGAUGACAGUUCAAAGUUAUAAAUUGUCUUCUGUUUUUUUCUUGUAGAAAAGUGAAGAAGCAACAUCACUUUGGAGUAAAAAUAAUCAUUUGUUUUUAUUUAUUUCAUUACAGUGGAUGAAAUUAUUGCUAUCACACCAGAUGUUUCAGGGCAAGAAAAUGUGGCUUGGUUUACUCACGUGCUGAAAAACUGGAUUGGUUUCGGAUACCUGGGAGAAAAUGCAAGCUACGUGGGUUACAUUUUCGGACUGCUAUUAAUGCUUUUAAUGCUGUCACAGGCAAUAUAUAUCUCCAUGUUUUGCAUGAUGUACAUUUUUAGCUUUCUUCUCUAUAUUUACAAGAAAAUGAAUAACAUAGUUCAAGACACUUCUACUGAAGCAUGGGUCACACCAAGAAGGUGGCUUACAAGUGCUUUGGAUAUAAUUGGAAAGAUAUGGCAUGGUUAUGAAGUUAUUGGCACAGAGCAUAUACCAGAAGGACCAGCGGUAAUUGUUUAUUAUCAUGGAGCUUUUGUUUUGGAUUAUAUGCUCUUUGUAGCUAGAUUAUAUACACUGACUGGAAGACACAUCUACAGUGUAGCUGAUAAUGGGUUGUAUCUACUACCAGGUGUCAGACCACUUCUUGAAUUAUUUUUUUGCCUAAAAGGCAAUAAAGAUGAAUGUGUGAAAUUUCUGAAGAAGGGCCAUUUAUUGGGGAUUGCACCUGGUGGACUUAGAGAAGGAAACUUUAGUGAUGAGAACUACAACCUGGUGUGGGGUAAACGUACAGGUUUUGCACAAGUGGCUUUACAGGCCAAAGUGCCCAUCAUUCCUAUGUUUACACAAAAUCUUCGAGAAGGAUACAGAACAUAUGGGAAAAUAUCACUACUGAAGUGGCUGUAUGAGAAGACUCGGAUAUUUAUCCUUCCCAUUUAUGGAGGGUUUCCAGUCAAAUUCCGCACAUAUAUUGGAGAACCCAUCCCAUAUGAUCCGGAUAUCACUGCUAAGGAGCUGGCUGAAAAAACAAAGAUUGCCCUUGAAAAUAUUCGAAACAAAUACCAAAAGAGACCAGGAAAUAUAUUAAGAGCCCUCUUAGAACGAUUUGAUAAAUAUCACAAAGAGAACUAGUCUGUCCGCUUUGGAUGUUCUGGUGGAUGACUUAUGCCAGGAAUGAGACAUGAUGUGUGUGUCCCUGUUGGUUCUGCUGGACCUCUUGGUGGGUUUCCUUGGUGGUAUGCUUCUGGGCAGACUUGCUGAUAUGGGACUUGGAGGCACUGUUUUACAGUGACUGUUUCUUCCUGGAGGGACGAACCCAGAAGGUGGUGCUGGAGAACUCCUGUUUGAUGCCUUAGCUGUUGGCCUGUGGGGUCCCUCAAAGUUCUAUUCUGUCCCCCAUCCUAUUUAACAUGUACAUGAAACCUCUGGAGGAGGUUGUCCAGAGUUUCAGGGUUAAGUUGAUGACACCCACCCUCUGUCAAGGAUGCUGUAGUUGAGAUUCCUGCAUUGCAGGGACUUGGACUAUAUGACCCUUGGGAGUCCCUUCCAACUCUACAAUUCUGUUUCUCCUUUCCACCUAAGGAAGCUGUCUCAGUUCCAAACCAGUAUCUGUCAUCAAUAAUUGAGACGUCUGAUUUGGCCACAGUGACAACAUGCCUUAGUUACAUCCCUUUUGAAUUACUGCAACAUGCUCUACCUGGGGCUGCCUUUGAAUAGUGUUCAGAAACUUCAGCUAGAUAAAGAAAACUGCAGCCAGAUUGUUGACCAGGGCUGGUUAUGGGGAACAGACAUUCCCUUGCUAGAACAGAUCACUGGCUGCCGCUAUGUUUCCAGGUGCAACUCAAAGUGCUGGAUAUGAACUUUAAAGCCCUAUACAGUGGACGCUUGGGUUGCGAAUGUGAUCUGUGUGGGAUGCACGUU